UAAUCAACAUGGCGUCUGUUGACAAUUGGCGCACACGUUUAAAUGAUCUGAAAAUAUUUAAACAACUGCGAGAGAACAAUAGCACAGAUUCAAAACAGAAGAAAAAAUCAUACUCCAAAAGUCUGCUUAAGAUUCUGGACAGUGAUCUAUAUGUUUGGGAUGGAUAUGCCUCUCAGUUAUUGAAUUACGAUGUGAAGAACCUCCACACUGACUCUUCAGAAAAGAAAUCCCGAUUUCAGACCUUGUUGUGUACAGAUCCUCCACGAUAUGACAUUGACAGUAUUGAAUUUAACAGUACAAAAAGUUUUCUGGCAGUAUGGGGAAGCUCAGGUGUCAUGGUUAUGGAAAUGCCCCAGAGAUGGGGGAAGUAUUCAGAAUUUGAGGGAGGAAAACCAGUAGUUAUUUGCAAAACAACUAGUGUUGCAGAGCAUUAUUUUGCCAGUCACAAAAGUGUACAGGUUCUUCAUGUUGCCUGGCAUCCUGGCAGUGAAACUGAUUCUCACCUCACAAUUCUAACGUCAGACAAUAUCUUAAGUACGUACGAUUUGAAAGAGCCAGAUGUUCCGAUUCACACAGUGAAGCUAGGCGAUUCUGUGCAGGAAUUAACAGACUCCUCAAACAAGCCUUCUUACAGAGCGGCGCUAGGCGAGGUAGCAGCCUCUUUUGACUUCGGUCCUUCAGUGGAACUCCGAAGAAAGAACCGUCUUCACUCAACUCUUGUUAAUCCUGAUGUAGUCUGGCCAGCUUAUAUAGUGUAUGGGAAUGGUGAUGUCAAUAUAGUGUACACUGAUGUCACUCCAGAUCCUGCAGGCAUCAAGCGACUGAGUACCCAGGGGCCUUUAUUGAUGCACCCCCCGGCUGAGGACAACUAUGGAUUUGAUGCCUGCUCUAUAGCUGUUCUUGAUACUAAUCCACCAGUGUUAGUUAUGGCAACAAGAGAUGGAAAACUCCAUCACUGUCUGGUGAUGCAGGCCGACUUAAAGGAUACCACUCUUCAGUCUGAGAGUCACUCGGAGAGUUCCACUGACAUGAGUCUACUGUACGAGGCCCCAGAGGAAGAGUCACUGUACGUGUAUGAAAGUGUGGAACUGGAGCUAUCCCUGACAACAAGUUCUGUAGAAACUGACGAGUACAUAGAGGACACCUUUACCUGUCCAAUCAAAAUCAUCAAAGACUCGGUUGCCCCAGACAGGUAUCACUGCAUGCACUCAGCAGGGGUCCAUACCAUUGUGUUACCAUGGAUACAGGAAUACCACAAGUAUUUCACAGAUGACCAGACUGACAGAGUUCCAGAGCAGGAGGAUUGUAUUGUAGAGCACCUAAUCUGCACUAAGCCCCUCCCCUCCAGUCCUGUUGCCCCUGUCCUGGGGCUUGGUUUAGUUAAGGGAUUGUCAGUGGAGCCCUACCUCCUGACCUUGACCUCUGAUUAUGAACUGGUCUCCCUACCCCUUUGUCCUAGUCGAUACCGGGACAGCGGUGAAACUCUCCACUCUUCAGAGAACCCUGAAGCCAUCGAAUCUCCACUGAGACGCUUGAGUCGGGAACCAUUUGACAUCUACAUCAAGAAAAUACUGCAACGCAAUGUCACCAACCCAAAGAUUAAAUUUGACAAGAAAACAGAAAUUUCCCAGCAGGAAUGUUUCCAACUGUUGACACGUACCACUCAAGUUUUCCGUGAAGAAUACCUACUGAAGCAAGAGCAAGCCCAACAGGAAAUACAGAAAAGAGUAAGGAUUCUGAGAAAUCUGAGGACACAACAGGAAGAAGACCUUGAGAACUUACAGGAGUCUCGGAACAAAGUCAGAGACAUGGCCGAAAAUCUGGCCACAAAGUACAGUGACUGUCAAGAUAAGCAGGAGGAAAUCCUCCAAAGGAUUGAAGACAUGAUGAGACGGUUACAGGAGAGGAUGCCAUCAAUGUCUGAGGCCGAGCGAGGAAUGAAGAGAGAAUUAGAGACAAUGGAAGAACAACUAGAGGUUUAUAAGAGAUCUCUGGAACAGCUGAAAAUAAAACAGGACUACCAGAGAAGGCAGAUAGCCCAGACACCUAACAGACUGCUUUCAAGUCCCAUACUGAAACCUGGUCAACUCAAACAGAUAAAGGAUGUGUUGAAACAAGAGGGAGAUGACUUGGGUGAAAUGCUCCAAAAAGUAAAUGCUUUAAAACUUGAAGCAGGAGUCUGAUAGUUUUUACCUGAAACUGAUUACUUUGGCAGCAACAAUCUCAGAGGAUAGCCAGAGGAGCAAUAUUUCUGUGAAAUAUUGCCAAAUGGUGAAAAUAUUGACUAGUUUGUAUAGAAAAGUAAUUCCUCUUGCAUUGUAAAAUAUGAUUCGGACAAGAAACUGAAAUGUUGACAAACAACAAGGUGUUCUAAAAUAGGUCUAUAGAGACCUACAACUGUUACUUGUGUUUAUUACAAAAAUAAAUCUUGAAAAAAUUGA